GAUUUGUUUUUCUGUUUAUGCACGUGUUAGUCGGUUUGUUUGGAUUGUAAUUUUCAGAUUUAAGUUUAGAAAAAAACAAUUCAAUAAUUACUUCCUGGAUUCGGUUAAGGUAAUUUGUUGAGAAAUGAAGUGGACCACAGCGAAUUUUAAAACUCCUAACUAUACGGAAAACCAUGAACUCUACGUUGGCACAAGUACCGGCUCUUUCAAAAGAUUUGUGCCUGCUUUUGAGGAGAAUCCUUUCGCACAGCGAAAUCUUUGUGAUAUAAGCCAGCUUGAAAAACAUGAUCGUGUUACAGCGUUAGCUUUUGGGAGUGAUACAUCUGAAAUUUUAAUUGGCCGCGCUAAACAGAAUGCUCAGCUUCAUUCGCUGUGUACCGACAAACUAGAGCGCACUUUCGAUCUUAAAUUUACACCAAUCAUGGGGUUUGCACGUUUUGACGAAUAUUUAGCAGCUGGCUUCUCCAAUGGUAAAGUGCAGCGAAUUUCCCUCGAGAAUAGUUCAGAAUCAGAGCUUUUGGUUAGUAGCGGAGACGAUAUGUCACAUCUACGUCAAUGCCCGAUAAAUCGAAAUCUUGUGGCUACUGGUGGUAAAGGACGUCAAAACAAUUUAAAGAUUUUCGACAUGGCGGUUGAUGGUAAACAAUUAUUCAGUUCGAAAAAUUUGCCCAAUGAUUUCCUUCAGCUCGAAGUACCAGUUUGGGAUAGUGACGUGUGCUUUAUAGAUUCCCCAUAUACACUUGCUACUUGUUCGCGUUAUGGUUAUGUGCGAGUGUAUGAUACUCGUAAACAGCGCCGUCCUGUGCAGCGUUUCGCCACUGAGGAUCAGUUGAGCUUUGCCACUCUAGCGGCGCAUGGAAAUUUCAUAUAUACAGGCACAACAAUGGGAGCCAUGAAGGCAUUUGAUAUAAGAUUCAUGAAGAGAUUUCUACAUACUUAUAAAGGCUUUACUGGUGCUAUCAGUGAUGUCUCAUUAGACAGUACUGGCAAAUAUUUGGCUUCUGCGUCCUUGGAUCGUUACGUUCGUGUACAUCACGUGGACUCCACAGUUCUUCUCUAUCAAUGCUAUGUAAGGUCAAAGGCUACUCGUGUAUUAAUACGUGAAUCGACUGAUAAUCCAAACUCUGGUGCAACUGAAGCGACGGAAGAAGACGUAAAUGAGAGUAAAAGCUCAAAAAAGUUUUCUAAAAAAGCAAGACGUGCUGAGCCAGAGGAUAAAGAGUAUGAGGACAUGUUUGAAAAUAUGCAAACAGUGUGUGAUAAUGAAAAUGAUGACGAUAGUGAAGGGGAAACUGAAUCGGCUGAAGAAACAAAAAGAAACGAGAAAAUCGGCUCCAAGCGAAAGGUUGAUAAUCAAGUUGGCAAAAAUAAAAAGAAGAAAAAAUGAAGAGCAUGUUUUUUGUACAUAAGCUUAAUAUGUAUGUAUGUAUGUUUAAUAUAUGAUUGGUUGAAAAUAAGAAAUAAAAUCUAUACGCCUUUUCAAAAGAA